AUGACUGUUCUUUAUACUGACCGACAUUUGAAGGAGAACAAGAAGCUCGAGAUCCAUGUACCUCCCAAAUUCACAGCAGAGCGGCCUGCUUUCUCAUACAGCCAUGUGGUUAUUGACUCCGCCAUUGCAGACCAUGCUGUAGCCCAGAAGCUCCCAAAGCCAAAUGGCAAUGUCUCGACGGGGCUCGGACCAGACCAUUUUUCUGACUUGGCAGUUCGGCCUGAUGCGCCAAAGACUAUGGAGGACUUACUUGCAGGCGAUACUCCCCAGAUGUCUGUUCAUAUCACAUCCUUCACAAAUGCGACUCUUGUCGGACUGUCAUGGCCCCAUACCUUGAUGGAUGUCAUGGGUCAGCAAGCCUUCAUUCAAGCCUGGUCACUUGUGCUGGCCGGUCGUGAGUCUGAAGUGCCGCCUGUGCUUGGUGCGCAAGAGGACGAAUUGUGCGCAAUCGCCGAUGCACCUGCUGAAAAUGCAGAAGAGUACAUACACAAGUCGAAGCAACUGAAGGGGAUGGCUAUGGUGCAGUUUGGGGCACGAUUCGCAUGGGAGAUGAUGACAGGACCUGCUCCGGAGACUCGAACCAUCUGUCUGUCCAAGAAAGUCGUGGCUGCUCUACGGUCACAGGCACAAAGCGACCUCCCAGAUCCUGUAAAUGGCGAGGAAAAGCCUUUUAUCAGCGAUGGUGAUGUUCUAACCGGAUGGACAAUGCGCGCAGUAGCCACGUCUCUACCAUCCCCCCGGCCUGUGACUGCGCUACACGCCAUGAACGCCCGGUUCCGACUACCCUCGCUCAUAAACGCAAAAGGGGUCUACCUGCAGAACAUGCUGGUCCCUGGCUUCACUUUCAUUCCGGCCGACACAGCAAGAGGCCCAAUGGGUCCCAUUGCCCUGACUAAUCGGCAGCAUUUACUCGAACAAGCAACAGAAGCCCAAGUCCUUGCCAGUCUGCGCGAGCAGCGAGUCAGCGGCGAUCCAUCCAAGCUUCUCUACAGCGAUGCAAACGCUCUCCUCAUGCCCUUCACGGACUGGACGAAAGCAAAAUUCUUUCAGUCAGCAGACUUUGGUCCAGCGGUAACAACUAGGCUGGUGGUCAUCAUUCUGGGCAAGGACUUUGAUGACAAUUAUUGGAUUACGAUGACGAUGUCGCCAAACGCCUGGAGAAACAUUGAGAACAGUCUAGAAGGAUUGGCCUAA